CGUAGGUUAAAGUAUAUUCAUCUGUAAUGUUUACGUUAAUUUUAAUUAGUAAGCUAAGGUUGAAUAUGAGUAAUUAAUUUCAUUUCAAUAACAAAGGCUUUUAUUGUGAAGUGGAGUUUGACCGUGGUUUCGUCACUGUCUUCAGCUUGUCGUCGACGCCUGGAUCAAUAAAUGUUGCUCGUUAGCAACAAUGACAUCGCUAACCCUUUAGCCAUGCUUUGCUGUUGGUUUUAGCCUCUGAUGAUGCUGUCAAAUGGUCCUUCUGCUGUGCGUUUAUCCAAAGACAGUGUAAUGAAAUUGCAUGCCGGGGUGAUGUCCGCCCAGCCCCAGCCCCAGCCUCUGCAGCAGUCCAGGGAGGAUUCAGCAGCCUGCUAACUGAGUCAGACCGGCUAGCUGAUGCUGAUGACUGGCUAUUUCCUGACAUUGAUUUGUAGUGGGAGGCACUAUGGCCGGUAAGGUGAAGUGGGUGACAGAUAUUGAAAAAUCAGUGCUCAUCAACAACUUUGAGAAGAGGGAAUGGAUUCAAGUCACAGAAAACGAGGACUGGAAUUUCUACUGGAUGAGCAUCCAGACCAUCAGAAAUGUGUUCAGUGUAGACACUGGCUACCGUUUGUCAGAUGACCAAAUGGUUAAUCACUUUCCCAAUCACUAUGAGCUGACACGGAAAGACUUAAUGAUAAAAAACAUCAAGCGCUACCGCAAGGAGCUGGAAAAGGAAGGAAGCCCAUUGGCAGAAAAGGAUGAGAAUGGAAAAUACAUUUAUCUGGAUUUUGUCCCAGUGACAUUCAUGCUCCCUGCUGAUUAUAAUCUGUUUGUGGAGGAGUUCCGUAAAAAUCCCUCCAGCACCUGGAUCAUGAAGCCCUGCGGGAAGGCCCAGGGCAAAGGUAUCUUCCUCAUCAACAAACUGUCCCAGAUCAAAAAGUGGUCAAGAGACAGCCGCACCUCCACGUUUGUAGCAGCAUCCAGUGGCAAGGAGGCCUAUGUCAUCUCACUGUACAUUGACAAUCCUCUGCUGAUAGGAGGGAAAAAGUUUGACUUGCGCCUUUAUGUUCUGGUGACAACAUAUCGGCCACUCAAAUGCUACAUGUAUAAGUUGGGCUUCUGCAGGUUCUGCACAGUAAAGUACACACCCAGUACCAGUGAGCUUGACAACAUGUUUGUUCACCUUACCAAUGUGGCCAUCCAAAAACAUGGGGAUGACUACAACCAUGUCCAUGGGGGAAAAUGGACGGUCAGUAAUCUUCGUUUGUAUUUAGAGAGCACCAGAGGAAAGGAAGUCACAAGUCGUCUGUUUGAUCAAAUCCACUGGAUUGUGGUGCAGUCUCUGAAGGCUGUGGCUCCUGUAAUGAACAACGACAAGCACUGUUUUGAGUGUUAUGGGUAUGACAUCAUUAUUGAUGACAAACUCAAGCCAUGGCUUAUUGAGGUCAAUGCCUCCCCCUCGCUGACCUCCAGCACAGCCAACGACCGAAUUCUAAAGUACAACCUCAUCAAUGACACUCUUAAUAUAGUCACACCCAAUGGGGACAUCCCAGACUGCCGCUGGAAUCGCAGCCCACCCCGAGAGGCCCUGGGCAACUAUCAAGUUCUGUAUGAUGAAGAGCAGGCACAGAGUGAAAACGCAGACCGUGACCUGCGGAGCCGCUCGGGUCAGUCCCUGGGUUCAAAGGGCAGCAAGGGGAGUGCAGGCGUUCGCCCUGUGGCUGCCACCUGGAAGUGAGGUGGUACUGCUGAUAUAUGACUUUCUGCAUAGAAUUACAAUGUACAGUGGGACACACCGGAUAAAAAAGACUGUGUUUUUUAACCCUCCUAUCAGGUGGAGCACUGCUUGGUCAGGGCAUAUUUCACUGACUGAAGGCCAGGGGGCACCAACCCUCUGCAGGAAGAGAGAAAAAUUACCAUUGUGGUCAAAUGCAAAGACUUCAGGGCCAUUUAAAUGAAUGAGUACCACAAAACUAUGUUGGUUAAGGUCAAGUCAAACCCAUUUUAUUUCAGAAACCCAGUAUCAUAUGCAGUGUCACCAAUUCAAUGUGAGCUCUACACAAAAAAAGAAAAACUCCCAUAACAGACAUGAGGCAAAACAAGUGAUGUAACACUGGAGGUUAAAAUUUGCAAGUGCAGAGGGAGCCAUAUGUAUGAAAGUGGCAGUUACAGAAAAUAGAAAGAAUAUUGUAACAAAACGGGAGUGACAGUGAUUACAAGAACCUAAUCUAUGCAUGAUUUCUGACUACUGACACUUUACAUUGAUGUGCUCCCAUAGGUGCUAAUAGGAAGGCGCUCUGUGAGAUUAAAGACAUAAAGA